CGCUGGCGGCGGCCGGGCCGGGUAGGACCGGGCUGGGCUGUGCCGGGCGGCGGGGGCUGCGUGGCCGGCAUGGCGAGCCCUGCUGCUGCUGCUGCUGCGGGGCCGGCGGGGGCGGCGGCGGCGCUGUCGGAGCUGCUGGGGGAGCGGCUGGCGGCGCCGGACGGCUCGGAGGUGGCCACGGCGUCGCUGCCGGCGCGGGGCGUCUCGCUGGUGGGGCUCUACUUCGGCGGCGGCGGCGGCGGCGGCGGAGGGGGGGGCCCGGGCGCUCAGCUGGCCGCCAGCCUGGCCGCCUUCUACGCGCGCUUCCAGCCGCCCCCCCAGGCCGCCCCCCCGCACCAAAAGCAGCAGCAGCGCCUGGAGCUCGUCUUCGUGUCGGCCGAGCAGGACCAGCCGCGCUGGCAGGAGGCCACGCGGGCCAUGCCCUGGCUGGCGCUGCCCUUCGCCGACAAGCGCCGCAAGUUGAAACUCUGGAACAAGUUCAGAGUCUCCAACAUUCCCUCGCUGAUAUUUAUAGAUGCCAUCACUGGGAAAGUUGUGUGCCAGAACGGCCUCUUGGUAAUCCGAGACGACCCUGAAGGUCUGGAGUUCCCAUGGGGUCCCCGUCCUUUCCAAGAGGUGAUUGCAGGUCCUUUAGUCCAGAAUAAAGGUCAAUCUCAGGACAGCGGCACGCUGGAAGGCUCCUACGUUGGCGUUUACUUCUCGGCACACUGGUGCCCUCCCUGUAGAAGCCUCACGCGUGUCCUGGUGGAAUCCUACCGGAAGAUCAAGGAGGCAGGACAAAAAUUUGAGAUUGUCUUCGUUAGCGCAGACAGAUCAGAGGAUUCCUUCAAGCAGUAUUUCAGCGAGAUGCCCUGGCUAGCAGUCCCGUACGCUGACGAAACCAGACGCUCGCGACUUAACCGGCUCUACGGUAUCCAAGGCAUCCCAACUCUCAUCAUCCUGGACCCGAAAGGCGAGGUGAUCACGCGGCAAGGCCGGGUGGAAGUGCUGAACGACCUGGAUUGCCGGGAGUUCCCCUGGCACCCCAAGGCAGUCCUGGAGCUGACGGAAGCCAAUGCUGUGCACUUGAAUGAGGGCCCAUGCCUCGUUCUUUUUGUGGACUCUGAUGAUGACGGAGAGUCCGAAGCAGCCAAGCAGCUCAUCCAACCCAUUGCUGAAAAAAUAAUUGCCAAAUACAAAGCCAAAGACGAGGAAACGCCACUGCUCUUCUUUGUGGCUGGAGAGGACAACAUGACCGACUCCCUUCGGGAUUACACCAACCUGCCUGAAGCGGCUCCCCUCCUGACCAUCCUAGACAUGUCCGCCCGGGCCAAGUACGUGAUGGACGUGGAGGAGAUCACCCCCGACAUCGUGGAAGCCUUUGUGAAUGACUUUCUGCUGGACAAGCUGAAACCGGAGCCCAUCUGAAGCGCGAGGAGGGGGCCAGGCAAGGCAGGAGAGGGGCCCCCCACCCCACCCCGCUUGGACCCAAUUUUAAAAUUGCAGGACUUCCCCAGCCUUGUGCAGAGCCCGGUGGCAAACUUUCUCCUGGGGCCGGGCUUUGGGGCUUCUCCUUUGGAACCCUUCCAAGGUGCAGGGAGGGGCUGAUGGGGGGCAAAAGGGGGGCUGCUGCCCGGAGAGGGGGAGGGCUGAGAGAGCCUCCAGGUGGCUGAGCCAGAAGCAGCGUUUGGAGUCGACUGAGCACCAGCUAGCAGGACUGUUUCCCAAUUUCAGCUGUGUUUGGGGGAGGGGUUUACACCUGGGGGCGACCUGCUCCUCUUUCUGCAUUCAUAUAACCUUUGCAAACUAAGCAAUAAGCAAAAUAUCUUUAUUUCUGCCCCUUUUUUUCAAAACUGCCCCAAAUAAUAAAUGGGACUUCUUUCAAAUGGG